AUGGCUUCCCAAUCAGUUCUUUAUUUGCUGCUUGCUCUCUUCACCUUGGUCACCACCGACGUUGCACCACUUACCGAUUUUGUCGCCUACCAGGGUGGCCAGUACGGACUGAGGCCCAACCAGACCUACCACACGUCCAAUGUAACCUCGCCGAUCUUUCUGGUCAACACGUGGGAAAGGGAUCUGGUGGAUAACGCCUCGCACGUUUUCCUAGGCUACGCUCCUGAUCCUGAGACCGGUGCUGUGAUGAUUUUCUCAGCUGACGACCUCAGCCUGGUUUGGUUUGAAGAGUUGAGCCGAGAGAAGGUCAACACCCCGAGGAUUGCAAGAUUUCGGGAAAAUGAUUACCUGCUGUAUUGGAUUGGGGAGCAAGUACGUGGUCACGGAGAUGGAAAGUGGCUGAUGCUGAACUCUUCCUACGACGUUGUCUACACCAUCACAACCGGCGGGCUCGCGGUCGGUGCUGACAUUCACGAAUGCCGCCUCACGGACGAAGAAACGGCCUUGAUAACGGCGUAUAAUCCCAUCCCAUUUGACUUGAGUGGUGUGGGUGGAACAAACAACGACACGCUCUUGGAUAGUGUCUUCCAGGAAGUGGAUGUCGUGACCGGUCGAGUGUUGUUUACGUGGAAUGCCAUCGACCACUUCAGUAUUGAAGAUUCAUGUGCUCCUUAUGAAAAAGAACCUAUCGGCUGGGACUGGUGUCAUAUCAACAGCAUCCAGAAGACUCACGAUAGAAAUUACGUGGUGUCAUUCAGCGUCUGCAGUUUGAUUGUGCACAUCAACGGCACCGAUGGCAACCCUAUAUGGGUUAUGGGCGGCAAGAAGAACCAAUUCACCGACAGUGGCACCGGCAAAGCGCCCGACUUUGCCUUCCAACACCAUGCGCUUUUCCACGACAUGGAAUUGCAACACCUGACUAUGUUUGACAACCACGUUCCAACCACAUCUUAUCCUUGUGUUUUGGACUGCUCUGCCGCUCGCUUCUUUACUGUCGACUACGCGACAAUGUCAAUAUCCAGCGGUCGUCAGCUUCCGCAUCCAAAGGGCCUACGGUCCAGGACAAUGGGCAGUGCUGAGCUUCUUGAUGGAGGAAAUAUGCUGGUUGGUUGGGGAUUCAAUGCUGCAUUGACAGAACACACCACAGACGGAAGAGUCGCCUGGGACGUCCAGUUUGGUGUGUUAGGAAGCACGCUUGGGUCAUACCGUGUCUAUAAGAUGAAUUGGAAAGGAUAUCCGACCACGGAUCCGAGCAUCGUGGUGCGACGUCAGAGUGCCUCUUCGUCGGAGAUUCUGUACGUGAGUUGGAACGGGGCAACGGAAGUGAGGCGCUGGAUAUUGCUGGCCUGUUCUUCGGUUAAUCCCCUCAACCAGGUGGCUAUGGUGAACGCGGUUCCAAGAGCAGGGUUUGAAACAGCCAUUCUGGUGGACUCUCCAGCGCGGUAUGUUCGUGCUGUGGGAUUGGAUGGGCAGGGCGAUGUCCUUGGAAUGUCUGCUGUUUGGGAUCGGGAGAGCGGAACGGUCGUGAAGAUAAAAAGCCAUUGGCCAUUCAGAAGAUUGGUGGUUAGAUGAAUUGGUGGACGACUGAGUUUAUUGUGGAACGACUGAUACUUGGUUCCUCUCAGUGGGCAGCAAGAGCA